CACGAUGCCACCGAGACUCAGAAAUAGACCAGGAAUCCCGAAAAGACAGCUUGGAAAACGGAUCAGGCAACGGGAUUAUUCAUCUUCUGGAACGCCCAUUCCAAGCAAAGCAGGCUAACUUUUGGUGUGAAAGGUCGGCCAGUGCAAUGAGAGAAGCCAUCCAACCAACUUCCUGGAUUUCCACAUCCUCAAUAAACUGCACGGUUCGCACCAGUUUUAGUAACCAGCAACUAACUGAGCUCGAGAAAGAAUUUCACUUUAGUCGCUAUCUUACAAAGAGCCGCAGACUGGAAAUAGCGGCUGAACUAAGCCUCUCCGAGUCACAGGUGAAAAUAUGGUUUCAGAAUCGGAGGAUGAAGCAGAAGAAGCGAAUGAAAGAAAAGAUGAGUCAACAAACUGUCGUUACUUUGAUGCGAAACAACAUGAAUUAA